CUGCUAUUUCUUGGCCUUCCUGUUCAGCUUCGUGGUGGUGGUGCCGCUGUCCGAGAACGGCCACGACUUCCGCGGCCGCUGCCUGCUCUUCACCGAGGGCAUGUGGCUGAGCGCCAACCUGACGGUGCAGGAGCGCGAGCGCUUCACGGUGCAGGAGUGGGGCCCGCCGGCCGCCUGCCGCUUCAGCCUGCUCGCCAGCCUCCUCUCGCUGCUGCUCGCCGCCGCGCACGCCUGGCGCACGCUCUUCUUCCUCUGCAAAGGACACGAGGGCUCCUUCCUCUACGCCUUCCUGAACCUGCUGGUCAGCGCCUUCGUGGUCUUCCUUGUCUUCAUCGCCAGCACCAUCGUGAGCGUGGGCUUUACCAUGUGGUGCGACGCCAUCACGGAGAAGGGCACCGUGCCCCACAGCUGCGAAGAGCUCCAGGACAUCGACCUGGAGCUGAACGUGGACAACUCUGCCUUCUAUGAUCAGUUUGCCGUUGUCCAGUUCGGCCUCUGGGCCUCGUGGCUGGCCUGGCUGGCCAUCACCGUCCUGGCCUUCCUGAAAGUCUACCACAACUACCGCCAGGAGGACCUGCUGGACAACCUGGUCCACGAGAAGGAGCUGCUGCUGGCCAGGCCGGCCUCCCGCACCACCUUCCAGGACGAGAGGAGCGCUGUCAUCUAGGCGGGGCAGGCGGGCCCCGGGGCACGCGGCUUGCCCCGGGGCAGGGACCGGGGCUCUGCCCAGCCCCACCUUGCCUUGCAUGUCUCCCCUGAGCCCUGUGCGCAUUGCGUGACCCGCCCUCCCGGGCACCCCAUCCCCACCACGAGCGUGGCGGCUGGCAGGGGUGGGGGCUGCCCUCUGGGUGUCGGGGGCAUCAUCUCUCAGGGGUUGGGGGAGGCAGGUGCCACCGUGGGUGUCUGUACCUGUGAGGUCAUGUGAGGGUGUGGAUAUGUGUGUGGUGUGCAUGCAUAGUGAUCGGUGUGUGCAUGCGUGAGCACGCGUAUGAGCGUUGAUCUGCAUGGGAAGGGUGAGUGUGUGUGCAUGUGGGUGUAUGCAUGUGCACGUGGGUGUGCUCACGCACAGGUGUGUGGGAAUGUGCGUGUGGGUGGAGACUGGAGCGGCCAGGACAUGCGGUGUGUGCAUCGGGCAGCUCUCUGCACAACUCGUCCACAGGGUGCCCCCAGCGCCCCCAGCGCCCCCAGUGCCCCAGAGGAGGGGCAGCCCUCCCAUCUCAGGAGGCCCCAAGAGCACAACCCCAUCCCCCAGUGGCCAGUAAAGGACGAGUGAGGGGAACUGGGAACCUGGGGCUCAGAGGUGAGGAGCUCGUGCUUGGCUGUGGACCCCCCUCCUCCCCUUCCGUACCUGCACACUGUCUCCUAUGUCCUGUCCGGGAGCGAGAGGGGGAGGGGGAGGGGCCCAAGGUGUAAGAGCCCAUCCCACCCUCCCUGGGGCUCAGUCAACUAUUUCGGCUUUCUGGGCUGGCCCUCGUGCUCUGGUUUGCUCCCCACAUCAAUGGCUCUCACUGCCAGUGACAAGUUUGGUCCCCCAGGAGAGGGGGGUGGGGCACGGAGCCUCCAGAGGCCUCCGGUCUGGGCCUGGGUUGAGAUGCCGGGGUAGGGGCAGCCUGUGUCUGGGAAGCGAUGCUGCAGAUCACUUAUCGUGAUGCUGCUUGCCUGGCACC